ACGCUUAUCUUGGAAGGGGCAGAGAGGUGCAGAGAUGGUUGGCGUGUAACCAUGGUAACCAGAAGGCGGAAGUGUGGGGAGGUCAAAGGUGAAGCUCGAUGGCCGUUGGUGGGAAGUUGUCCCUCCGAGGUCCGGAUCAUUCAUCGGCCGCGUCUCAGAAUGACCAGCGACUUCCGGCGGCGGGAGUCGGGCACCGAGCUGCUUGCUCGACUCAAAGGAAGAAGUUCUGUGAAGCAUCUUGAGCCACGGCUUUUUACAGAGGAAGGGUUGCUAAACCAUGGAAAUACAGUUGAGUUCCACGGCCCAGAAGGAACAGGAAAGACAGAAAUGCUUUAUCAUCUGGUGGCAUCCUGCAUCCUCCCAGAAUCAACAGGUGGGCUCCAGGUUGAGGUGGUCUUCAUUGACACAGAGUGUCAUUUUGACAUGCUUCGCCUGGUCACUGUUCUGGAGCAUCGUUUGGCACAGAGCACAGAGGAAUCAGUGAAGCAGUGCCUGGGUCGCUUGUUUCUCGUCCACUGCAGCAGCAGUACCCAGCUUCUGCUGCUCUUCCACUCUCUGGAAAGCAUGGUUUGCAGCCAUCCUGCUCUCUGCCUGCUGAUUGUGGACAGUAUGUCUGCCUUUUACUGGAUCGACAGACAGAACGGCGGGGAGAGCUUCAGCCAGCAGGAAGCCAACCUUGGGCGUUGCGUCGAGUGCCUGGAGAAGCUGCUGAAUGAGUACCAGCUAGUGUUGAUUGCAACCACACAGGCCCUCAUGCGCGGGCGAGGUCCUGAGGCAGCCAAGCCAGACAGAGCUGCUGCAGCCUGGCAGCCACCAGUCGCAGAAUUUAAACCGUAUCUGUGUAAAUCAUGGCAAAAUCUGGUCAAGCGCAGGUUUAUUUUCUCAAAAAACAUCACAGUGGACAACAAGCGAGAAUUUGCUGCUGUUUCUCUUCAGUCAAGAAGCAGCAUUGUGAACAGGUGCUCCUUUAUUAUUACAGAUGGUGGGGUCCAGUUUCUUUAACCCUUCAGCAUUCACUUUUUAAACGAAAACCACUGGAGACUCCCGCGAUUGUACACAUGAGAAAGUGCCUGUUUGCGCACUGCUAGUUGCUCAGGUUAACUGGUCUAUUUAUUGGUUCUCCUGGUAGGCACAGUCAGAUUAACCCUUUAACUGUGACUUGACCUUAAAUAGGGUCAAAUGGAGGUUUAGCCACCUUCAUGUGCAGAUUGUCGAAGGCUUCAUUGCAAAUUCUCCAGCUGGUUUUGGCCUGAUCUGCAGGGGAAGGGGCCAAUCCAGGCGCCUUAUUCAAAGCUCCUUUUCUGGAUGUAUAUCCUCUUUGUAUGCAGGCAAGUCCAGGACAUGCCCUUAAUAUAGAUUCCAGGCACGUGGGUUAAAACAAAAUACCAGAAAUACUUGAGUAUUUUUUUUAUGGUGGUAACCAAACUGAACCUCAUAAAUGAGAUUUUAAGAAUUCUAUGUGAAAAAUUAAAUGGUAAUUAGCUCCUAUAUAUAUUUAUAAUCUGUUCUCCAAGAUGUUUUGUAGGGGGAGUUUAAUUUAAUAAAAAUAUUGAGCUAUAAUGUGACCUGUCCUUUUCCAUUGUUGAAACAGGGUUCUUCAGUCCUGUUUCAUUUGUG